AUGCUCGACGAGAUCCGUCAUCAGGUUGCCUCCUUUCUCAACGCCGAUGUCGAGGGCACUGUCCUCGUACCUAACGCAACUACUGGUCUGAAUACAGUCCUCCGCAACCUAAGGUUCCAGCCUGGAGAUAAGGUCCUUUAUUUUAGAGGUGUAUACGGUGCCAUUGGCAAGACAGUGGAUUAUCUGACGGAGACAACUCCUGUUACGAGCCUUGAGGUCGAUUUUGACCCUACUCAAGACACUGAAGAGUCAAUCCUAGCACGGUUCACAGGCAGCAUCAGGGAAUAUGGCGAUAAGGUCAAGGUGGCAAUAUUCGACACGGUCAUGAGCAUGCCCGGUGUAAGGAUGCCUUUCGAGCAACUGACCAAGAUCUGUCGGCAACAUGGGAUCUUUAGUGUCAUUGACGGUGCACACGGCAUUGGCUUCAUUGACCUGAACCUCAAAGAACUAGAUCCGGAUUUCCUUGUCACGAACUGCCACAAGUGGCUGUUCAUACCCCGAGCAUGCGCAGUCUUUUAUGUUGCGCCUCGAAACCAGCACCUGAUGCGUUCCUCUUUACCAACCUCUCACGGCUUCGUGCCCCUGGGGUCGAGCAAGCAUUUUAACCCCAACCAAUCCAAUGCCCAAAACGCGUUUGUCGCCCAGUUUGAGUACACCGGCACGAUCGAUACAGCCCCGAUUCUGUGUAUACCAGCAGCUCUUGAGUUUCGGAGCAGGGUUUGCGGAGGCGAGGUAGCCAUCAGAGAGUACUGUGUCGACCUCGCCCGUGCAGGCGGACGUGCCGUUGCCGAAAUACUGGGUACAGAGACCUUGCCGAUUCCCACUGGGAGACAUGUCGGAUUUGCCAACGUUCGUCUGCCCCUUACAGUUCGAGGCCAUAUCAGUGUGACUGAAGGGGUACCGGCAAAGGACGUCAAUACUGUCAUCAAUUUCAUGUUCCGAAAGUUUACGGAGGAUUACCAGACUUUUAUCAAUGUCUUGUACUUCUCGGGUGCGCUAUGGGCAAGGCUGUGUGCUACUGUCUAUCUGGACGUCGAUGACUUCAAGUAUGGUGGUAUGGUUCUGAAAAAGCUCUGCCAGAGGAUAGAAAGUGGCGAAUACCUAGCUCAGGAAACAUGA